AGCGCAGACAUCUGGAAUUUGGAGCUGGUACGGAGAGUGGCGAUCGUAGCGGUAUGCAGAGAAACCAUAAUCGUCAAGGUUUUACUUGGCGCGCUCAGUUGCUUGCAGCGUUUAGAAAUGUGCGACCGUUUUACAUCUUUGCGACCCAGGAGACAUUCCUUUGACGACUUCAUAUCUGUGGAAGAAUUAAAUGCUGGUGGUAUCACGCUGCGGAAAUGCAAAUCACUGUGUGGUGAUAAAGUGGAAACUGAAUCUAGUCAAUCAAGUGAAGGAGAAUGGAGCGAUGAUGAUUCAACUGACUCCGUCAAGUUUGAAAUUAGCGCUGAUUGUUUGAAACCAGAGCAAAGACGAUUCACUGCCCAAUUGAAGGACCAGCAGCUGGUGAAACCUGUCAAGCAAGAGGCGUAUGAGAAGCGCGGAACUGCUCCGGAUGAUCUUAGUUCGUUCCGUGAACAUCACAAGUGGGUGCCGCCGAGACACUUGGACAGCUUGCUACCGAGCCACGUCUAUGCAAUACCCACUCCAAAUUAUGUCUGGAAAAUGCGCCGAAAGAAAUUAACAAAAAAGAAGCAUUACGAUCAAAAGCGUUUUGAGGUUUUGGAGAUCGCGUCUGACAUUGACACAGAUGAUGAUAAGUUUGAAGAGGAUACGGAGAAAGGCCUUGACGCGUUGCCUGCUCGCCCAACGGUUCGAGAGACGAAUAUUUCAAGAGUUGAGUGGUUAAAAUCGAAAUUGACUCCAUUGAGAAAUCGCGCGUGCAGUAGUGAUGAAUAUUCGGACACGUCUGACCCAGAGUCUGAAGCGCCAAGCAGUCGGAGCAACAUGAAAACUGCUUGUAACAGCUCUGACGAUGACUUUUGUCAUGUUGACCGAGAUAGUGAUUACGAAUACUCUCAUUUGUGGGGAGAAUCUAACUCUGAUGACGACUCCAACUUAGAUUAUGGGCCUAAGGAUGUUGACUUCUUUGGCACUGAAUACCUUUCGAAUUCCCCAAAGCAGUCGAGAAAUGUAGUUGCAAUGAAAAAGUGUUUCCAAGCCUAUGAUUCUCCUUCUCCAGAGCCAUUUUUGCCUGAAACGCUAUGUGAACCUGUGGUUGGACCCAUCUGUGUGCACAAAGUAGGAGCCAGUGAUUUACUGGCUCUUGAAAUGAUGGACUUUGGCCUUGAUGCCCAUUCAGAUAUGCCCAGGGUGUCAAAUAAUGCUCCUACUUUCAAGCUGGCAGAAGUGCCUGUUGACUUAAGAUCUGAAAAGUUGGAUAUUGAUGUAAAUUCACUUCUUUCAAAUGUUCAUGCGGGGGCAGCUAACUGUGAUCAUGUUAAAAUUUCUGAAACUUCGAAUAUUGCUGGGAUUAAAAGACAAUACCACGCUACAGGACCAGGCAUUGAGGAAUUUGACACUGUGUCAAAAUUUGCUCGGUUGCAUACACAAGAUACUUCAAGUGGCGACGAAUCCUAACUUUACUUAUAAUGUGAAAUUUCCAAUGGAAAUUCUAUAGAUUUUAAACCACUUGAAAUGCUGCGUGAUUGAGCAUGGAAUUUAUAUAAAUUAUUUAAAUCUUCCUACGAUAUUAGUCUAGUUUAAUGUAAAUAAAAUCAUAAGCUGGCAUUUCUGACAAACUUUAUUCACUGGAGGAAUAGCUGUAAGAGAUGUUCACAUAUUGACAAAAUAAUUGGUAAUAUUAUUUAUUGUACAGGGGGUGCCAUUGUCUAACAAGUCGAUUCAUUUAGUUACUGUGCGAAUAAAAACAAGAAUUAUUGUGAUAAUGGGAAUCGAUUAAUGCUUACAAUUAGCUAAAGCUGUAGUGGUUACUGUCAGUGGAAAAUAUAAUGGAGUGCUGGUAGGAAAAUUAUUUAGAGCAUUAUUUCCUGAGGAUUUCCUCCUCACUAACCCUGCAUGCAGGGUUUGCAAAAACACGAAUUUUUCAGGAAAACCCACUAUUGCAAAUAACUUUUUGCGGGUUUUUCUGCAAUUUUCCAUAACACAUGCAUUCUUGUGGAAAGUAAAAAAAUUCAUGAUGGAUGACCAAAAACAGGGAUUUUUAAUAUCACCAAAAUCAGUAUUAGAGCCACUGGUUCCACCAAGAGGCUCAAAUUUAUACUCGACGUAAUUUUCCGAUAUUCCGGACUCUUUUGGAGCGAAAAUUGACUACUUUCGGGCUAAAUUCGGAAAAAUGCGGAAAACCCCUAAACUGGUGGGUUUUUCCAGCCGGGUUUUUACGCAAAAAACCAGUGGUGCAUAUUUGCGCAUUGCAAAAUUGGCGAACCCUGCUUGCAUGGGCAAUGAUAUAACAAAAAUUCACUAUUCAAUUAACCGCAAGACAUGACCAAAGGUGAAUUCUCACUGAGAAAAAUUUCACACUUCCAAAAUCAAAGCAUCCCUUAGGAUUUGCUGUAAAUUUUUAAGAUUGUUGCUGCAAAGUUAGCAUGCAUUUCAAAUGGUAAAGAAUGUCUCCCU